CACCGGCCCCCCUAGAAUCCGAACAGCCACCCUCAGGGUGCGGGGAUGUGGCUGCACCGGGACUCAAGGGGCUGAAAGAGCAGGGACGUGGGGCAGCCUGGAGCCCUCCGAUUGCUGGGUGUACAGCCACCCAACCCGCUGAGAUAGGGUGCGUGGGACACUGGCAACUGGAUACAUUGGCACCCAAGCAGCUGAAAUCUGGGUGCACGUCAUCCCAAACGGCUGAAAUGGGCGUGCAGGGGUGCCUUAGUGUCUGGGCGCUCUGUGAACUGGGCACAGGGGCCUUCUGCAGACACCUCAAUUAAUGAGUGCACCCCGGGGUGUUGGUGUGUGCAGCUGAACCCCCGUUAGGGAGCAGCCCCACAUGAGGUUCCCCCUUUGUUGUGGGUGCUCCCUGACAGGGAAGCAGCAUUGGAAGACUCCUGUGGAGGGUCGGGAGCUUGGUUUGAGCAAGGGAUUGGACUAGAAGAUCCCCAGAGGUCCCCUCCAACUCCAGCUGCUAUGUGCAGUGCAGGCAGAAUCAGGGUGCCAAUUCUGGAAUGCACAGGGGCAGCUUGGCUGCCCACCCUCCCAGAGCUGCUCCUGGCAUGGCUGGGCAUCCCUGGGCUCUCAUUUCCGAGCCACCAUGAAGCAGAACCUGCUCGGGAAGCUGCCUAGCUUCUGGGGAAGUGUCCCUGGAUUGAGUGUGCCUGGAGACAUGUGGGAAGCAGACAGUGCCCCGCACCCAUGGGACAUGCCCGGCUCACGGGGCGCAGCUGGGACUGCUGCUGCAGCUUCACCCUGGCAGGAUUCCUGUGCCAUUGUGCUGCCCCUUGGUUGUGUGCUGUACAUCUCCAGCACCGAUCUGCCCAGGGAGGAAGUUCUGCAGGAGGGAGAUAAUCGUCUCAAAUCUGUUUUGCCCACAGACAAUGGUGAGGUCACCGUCCUGCAGGCAGGCAGACACGAGUUCCCCUUCACCUUCCAGCUCCCCGAGACCCUGGCAACCUCCUUUGAGGGCAAGCAUGGCAGUGUGCGCUACUGGGUGAAGGCCAAACUGCACAGACCGUGGUCAGCAGUGAAGAAGGUGAAGAAGGAGUUCACUGUGAUUGAACCCAUUGACAUCAACACGCCUGCACUGCUGGCUCCCCAGGCAGGUGCCAAGGAGAAACUUGCUCGUGCUUGGUACUGCAAUCGUGGCCAGGUUUCCAUGACUGCCAAGAUUGACCGAAAAGGCUAUACCCCAGGGGAGUUCAUCCCCAUCUUUGCCGAGAUCGACAACUGCACAAGCCGAGCAGUGGUGCCCAAGGUGGCCAUCAUCCAGACCCAGACCUUCAUCGCUCGGGGCACCAAGAAGCAGAAGAGGCUGGUGGUGACCAGCAUCGUUGGCGACUCCAUCACAGCGGGCAAGCGGGAAGUGUGGCACGGGCGGGCACUGAAGAUCCCACCGGUGGCUCCAUCCAUCCUGCAGUGCCGCAUCCUCCAGGUGGAAUACUCCCUGAAGGUUUGUGUGGACAUUCCUGGGACGUCCAAGCUGCUCCUGGAGCUGCCGCUGGUCAUCGGAACCAUCCCACUGCAUCCCUUCGGGAGCCGCACAUCCAGCGUCAGCAGCCAGUACAGCCUCAGCCUGGACUGGCUGAGCACCAUCCCAGAGCAGCCGGAGGCUCCUCCUGAAUACUCCUCAGUCGUGUCCAGCCCUGAGGCCGAGCGGAGCCUGGCUCCACCAUGCCGCAGUGAGCUCGGUGGUGUCCUGGAGGGUCCUUUCUUUGCCUACAUCCAGGAAUUCCGAUUCCGACCCCCUCCCCUGUAUUCAGAGAUUGAUCCAAACCCUCCUUCAGACAACAUCCGUCCGCGCUGCAUGACCUGCUGAGAGAAGCACAUCGGAUGCGGCUGACAGAGAGGUGAUCCCUUGGGUUGGAAGCUUGCACCCUCACAGCACUGGCCUGGAAAAAGGGACAUGGUGGCUGUGAGACCAGAGCUCCUGCAGCACCGAGUCCCCAGUUCUGCUCACUGCUCUCGGCCUGGACUGAUGCUGAGCCUGCUGUGGCGGACUCGUACAUGGUAGGAGGACACAGGAGAGCCCACAGCGUGGAGUAGCUCCGUGUGUGGUUGGGCAGGAUGUGGAGGGUUAACUACCCCAGUAUGUUGGGGUUCAAAGGGAAGAUGUUUGCUCUCCCUUUGCCUGCAGUGGCCAUGCACUGGCAACUCCUGUCAUGGAAAACAGGAGCUUGGAGAGACUAUUUUAGGAUUUCUGGAGAAUAUUUUAAUUUUGCUUGGGUUCAAGUCCCAUGGUGCUGGAGGUGCAGCCCUUCUGUAGCAGCUCAGCAAGAUUGCAACUCCUGUACUGCAGCUCAGUAAAAGGCCUUUUUCUGGCCAGAUGAAGCAGAGACUUUGUCUGCUGCUGAUAAUGUUUGACCACCACAAGCCUGGUGAUGCUUACAGGAGGAAUGGUUAGAGCUGGCCUGCCAAAACUUUAAAGGCUUCCAUGUGCUGUUACCAGAGCAGAGGACCUGGAAUUUAUGGUCAGUGGCGGUGCUUAGGUGCCACAGAGAACAGGACAGCUGGUUGGUGUGUUGGCACCAAACCUCCCCAGUGUGCUGAUGCCUCCCCUGUGAUGGGGCUGAUAACCAUCCCCCAAAGUACAGUACCCACCAUGGGGGUUUGGAGCUGUGCCUCUGGCAUCUUGCUGGUGGACAAGCAUGGUCUGAGACUGGCGACAGCCAUGAAUGGGAGAUGUGGAGCUGAAGAGUCCUUCAGGACCAGGAGUUCUGUUCAGGACAAGCUUGAUCCUGUGCCUGUAGAAGGGUUGGUGGCCCUGGCUAUGCCCUCACCGUGCAGUACCCUGUGCUGACUGGCACAGGAACUGGUGAACUGGGUAUUGUACCAUGGGGCUGAUCCUGCUCACUCCAGCAGGAUCUGAGCAGGGUUUGGGUGCUGAGGACUUUUGCAUUCCCUCACUGAGCCAGUCCUGCCCACGGGGCUACUGAUGUCAACAUGCCCCUGAGCCAGGCGUGCUGGGGCCACCUGCCCUGGGGCCACUCCACUGCAGCUUGCUCAGGUGAGUUUUGUUUUCUAGCUGUGAACAUUUUUGUAACGACCACUCUUGUCUCUAUUCUUUUUGUACCACUUUUUGCUGGGGAAUCUUUGUUCCAAAUAAAUUCU